CAUAUGUAUUUACCUGUAUUAAUACUAUAAUGUAAAAGUCGAAUCGACCAUAAAGCAUCGCCAUUGGCCCUUGGACUAAGGGUGUUUGGCAUGAAUGACUACAAUACAGUGACCGAAUAUGCUUGGGAUUUCUCUCACAUCAAACGACUCUUUUAUACCUUUUCUAAUCUUCACUUCAUCACGCCAAGCAUAUGCUCUUUCAUAUUCUAUGCUCUUUUGCUAUUAAACCCAAUUCAUCUACCGUUCCUUCUCCUUCAUUACCCUUCUCUUAUAUUCUUUCUUUUUUAAAAAAAAAAAUUAUUCUUUUUACAAUUCCAGUUUUCACUUCCAUUAAAUUUUUGGGUGGGUGUCUAGUAUGAAGUUUGGGAAGAGAUUAAAGCAGCAAAUUGAGGAAAGUUUGCCAGCGUGGCGGGACAAGUUCCUGUCUUACAAAGAGUUGAAAAAGCUUGUUCGACUGAUCUCUUCGGCGGAGUCAUGUGUGGAGUAUGGAAAGGCAGAUGUAGAAGCUGAAUUUGUGCAUUUGUUGAACAAUGAGAUCGAUAAGUUUAAUGUUUUUUUCAUGGAACAAGAGGAAGACUUUAUCAUCCGCCAUAAGGAAUUGCAACAGAGGAUUAAGAGAGUUAUAGAAACAUGGGGUCCCAAUGGAACUAAGCCUUCAGAAGCAGAAUAUAAAGACGAAAUGGCGAAAAUUAGAAAAGAUAUUGUCAAUUUCCAUGGUGAAAUGGUCCUCUUAGUGAAUUACAGCAAUAUCAAUUACACAGGUUUGGCUAAGAUACUGAAGAAAUAUGACAAGCGUACUGGUGGGUUAUUGCGUUUGCCCUUUAUACAGAAAGUGCUGCAGCAACCAUUUUUCAUAACCGAUCUUGUAUCGAAGCUCGUCAAGGAAUGUGAAAACACCAUUGAUGAAGUGUUCCCUGUAGAACAAGAAGACGAAGAAGAAAUCGUAAAGGAACAGAGAGAAGCUAUAACAGUAGCAGGAAAAGGGAUUUUCAGGAACACAGUGGCAGCUCUAUUGAGCAUGCAAGAAAUUAGAAGAGGCAGUUCUACUUACGGCCAUUUUUCUCUGCCUCCUAUGGAUUUGCCAGACUCUGAUCUCAUACACUCCUUCCAACUCAACUCCCCGAUCCCCAUUGUCUGAUCACACAACUUAAAUGAAAUUUACGUGUAGUUUCAGUAUCAUUGUGUUUAUUACGGUUGUGAACACCCAAAAAAAUCGUAACAUCCUGUUAUGAUUGCUAUUGAAAUCCUAAAGUUAGCAUGGGUUUUUAGAACAUA